CUAUUAUUUUAGAAAAAAAAAAAAAAAAAAAAAAACAAUGGCGACGGCCUUGUCACUGGCGCCGUCUUCCUCCUCCAAUCCCCAAUUUCAUCGCAAAACCCUAACCAACAGAAUUCCGCACCCGACGACGAGGAGGUCACUGUUCUCCUCCUCCGCCCUGCUCCUCUCUUCCGCUCCCCUCUUCGCUAUCCUUCCUUCCUCCGCGACUCCGCCGUCGCCGCCUCCGGUUCCUGCUUCGGCGACCCCGACCUUCUUCGAGCUCCCUGGGUCCGGCGGAGUGAGGGCCCUGGACCUUCGUGAAGGUUACGGUGAAAUCCCUGUCGAUGGAGAUCAGGUAUCAAUCCAUUACUAUGGAAGGUUGGCAGCAAAACAGGGAUGGCGCUUUGACUCGACCUAUGACCACAAGGAUGAGAUGGGUGACCCUGUUCCCUUUCUAUUUGUUCUUGGAUCUGGAAAGGUGAUCUCAGGCAUUGAAGCGGCCGUGAAGUCAAUGAAAGUUGGAGGUAUACGACGCGUAAUUAUACCACCAUCGCAAGGGUACCAGAACAUGUCCCAGGAACCAAUACCCCCUGAUUUCUUUGAUCGGCAGAGGUUGUUUACCACCAUUUUCAACCCUACUCGACUUGCUAAUGGAGAAGGUUCAACUCUGGGCACGCUUAUAUUUGACAUUGAACUUGUUAGUGCCAGGCAUCCAUGAAGGUUUUUUCUCAGCUGCUGCUUCUCAUGUGACCCUACGAAGGAAGACGAAGGUAAUGCUUGUUGAAUGUAGAAAGAAUGUAUGUCCAUUGCAAAAUAAUCAAGAAGGAAGUCAAUUCAAUUCAGAUGAUCCACAUCUAUUAAGAAAAAAUCAGUGGGAUGUAAGAAAAAAUCAGGUCCGAAGAAGAAACCAACUUAUUCCGAUGAUAAUAACAGUCCUGAAUACUUGUAUUUUCCUACACUUUCUCCAAUCAAAAGAGGGUUUCAGGCGA